UAAAAAAUAAUAUAGUUCAGUUCUCAAAAAUGCAGCUGCUGAAAGGUGCUCUUUUCAUUGCUAUAUGUGCUGUAUUGGCUACCGGAGAGCCCCUUCCCGAUCGCUCGAUGAUACAUGCGGAAUGCCUGGAAAAACAUGAGCUGACCGAAAAUGAGUUUCAAGAAAUGGCAGAGAAAAUGUCAUUGGAUAUCGAUAAUCGUUUCAAAUGUUAUAUGCACUGUAUGAUGUCGGGUUAUGGCCACCUGAAUGAGAGUGGGAAAAUUGUGAUCGAAAAAAUCCAGGAACAGCAAUAUCUGCCCGAGAGACAUGUGGAAAUUUUCACUGAAUGUGGGGAGCAACAUGAGGCCGUGGAGGACCAAUGUGAAUAUGUUUUCACAUUGUCUACAUGUGUCAUGGCCCAGAUCAGGAAGGAAGCUGAGGAGAGAAUGGGGUAGUGAAAUUAAGAUUAAGAUCAAAAAAUUCAAAUUAAAUAAAGAAAGAACAAAUAUUAACAUAGAAAAAGGAAAAGAAUUUAAAAUAUCUCUGA